AAGUACAAAAAAUAAAGACGCCAAUGGGUUGGUGAGUGGAAGUAAAUGAUGUCUGUGAACUUCUUUAAAGAAGCAGUUAUGAGACUGUGAACAAGGGCUAAGGUGGUUGCACUGCCCUUUUCUAUACGUGGUCUUCAAUUUAAAGCCGUAAUAAACAGAACACUCAACAUUUAAUUUGCCCUGCAAUAAAAAACCAUCGCUUGCUUUGGCCUCACAGUCCAGCCUUCUUUUAUUUGUUUUCCUCCUUCAAGAUUUGAGCUUAAAUGCGAUUUACAUGGCCGUCCCUGAAAUGGGUUUGUUCAAGUUUCUUGUUCUGGUUACUGUUCUGGUGAAUGUACAAAACUCAGCCGAGUCAACGGUCCUCAUUCGUUUUGAUAGAGUUCCGCCGGCACGAUCCCGGUAUUCUUCUGCAGUUUUCCGGUACUCAGUUUUGACGCUGAAUGGCUCCAAUGCAUGCAACAAAAAUACUUGUUCCGUUCACUGUCAGCUUGAUGGCCAAACUCUGAGUCCAUGUCCAGCUAAGGUCAUGGUAUUCAAAAACCUGACCGUCAACCGUGAUCACAUAUUUCUUCUCAACGUCACAACUUGGGAUGGAGACAGAAACUCAUCAGCUUAUUCUUGGUUUAUUGAUACAAUACCACCAACUGCAAUGAUUUUUAGCGAAAAGAAUUACACAAGUGCGGAAAAAAUAGCCAUUGAUAUCACGUUUAAUGAAGCUUGCACAGGGAAAGGUGGCUUCAGGUGCCUCAACUCAUCAAACUGUGAUGUAAUAGUAGAUGGUCCUGGCCGUGUACAGCCAUCUUCCUUACGCAUGAUUAAACCUACCAUCAGUUAUAGCCUUGAUGUAGUUCUCUCUCUGGCAAGUAUGUACGGGCGUGUCGUAAUCAGAAUGGCAGAUGAUUUUUGUACAGAUCAGGCGGGAAACAGCUUUACAAGGACAAAUGGUUCCACUAUAAUCAUUCACUUUGAUAGAAGACCAGUUCUUGCAGAUUUGUGGACCUCUGUUCCAGCCUACGAGUUGAUGAUCAAUGGGGUCCCUCGAACUAUCCUUGCAACUAACAAAAUGGAGGACUUGAACAUAUUUUUGGACUUCAGCAUUCCCAUUAUAAACACAACAGAGCAGAUUCUGAAUGCAUUGGUUGUGAAUUCAGGUAACUUAGUACCUAUUCAUGGCAGAAAUCAAGGAAACCGCCGAUUUAAAUUCCAGCUCAGGAAUAUAUCUAGGACUGAAAUCAUCAAGAUUGAGUUACAAGCUGGAUUAAUAAUUGGCAGGACAGGCAUUCCUGUGUCACCGAUUCCCUCAUUUACGUUUCUUUAUGAUUCCAUGGAGACUAGUGUAGGGCUGAGCACCAGUUCUCCAAAUGUUACUAAGGACCACGAUAUCAAUGUGAUUGUUGAGUUUACAAAACCGGUCUUUGGCUUUCAGGCCUCCAUGGUACAAGUGGUCGGCGGUAGAAUAACAAGGUUUAGGGAACUUUCAAGAGCUCUGUACUCAUUGAAUGUUUUGGCAGUCACUGAGCAUACGGUGUCAGUUGCCGUCCCUUCAGGGAAGGUAUAUGAUAUAUCAGGAAAUCUUAACAUGGCAUCUAACCAACUUGAAGUGAAACACUACUCAACCCCUGCAAUAUCAAUCGCAUUGCACUCUUUUGUUACUGUGGGUAUGUUAGCGACUUCACUAGCAGCUGCCAUUCUUUCAAUUUCAACUGCAAAUCUUGGAGCAGUGGGCACUCUUGCUUCUGAGAGUUCAAACAUUGUUUCUUCUGAUUCAACGAAUCUACACGGGAUGUUUGGACACCUUCAAGUUUUUGUUCUCUCAGACUGGCUCUCAGUUAAUCAACCAAUUGAUUAUUUAGAGACAACAAAAGGUCUUAGGUGGCUCAUACCUCGUCAAAAGCUUCCAUGGAAAAAGGAUAGCACUUUAGUUUGGCCCUGCCAAGAGAAGCCUGAGAGGAAACUCAGUACCUCUUCAGUACAAGGAUCACCACAUGAAGGGACAAGAAUCAGAGUUGACUUCUAUCUCUCCAACUCUUCUUAUAUGCAGCAUGAAGUACCAGUGCCAAUUGAGGUGGACCCCAAGCCUGGCUGGCUUCAUGGGCAGCAUAGCAUGCGUCUGACUCCUUAUGGACUACCUCUUCAUUCCAACGAAUACUUCACUUAUUUCUUGAGAGGAGAGCCAUUGUCUGCUAGCAAUGUCAUCAAGGGAAUGGAGAACUACAAAGGGUGGGAAGAUUUACAGAUGAACUUGUUUUGGCUUGGUAUUGGAGGAGGCAGUUUAGUCAUAGCCCAUGUGUUGAUAUUACUUUUCCUAAGAUGGAGAUUAGGACCACCAGCUCAUGGUAUACUCUCAGUGCCCAGAUUCGAGCUCUUUCUUCUGAUUCUCAUGCUACCAUGUAUCACUCAGUCCUCAACAUUUGUUAUGAAAGGUGGUACAACUGGGGGAAUCAUUACUGGGGCUUUAUUGCUGGCUAUCCCUGCAGCUCUUAUUUUAUCUGUGUGCCUUUUUCAAAUAAUUGCAAUCUUCUAUGGCGGUUUUGUUCAGUACAAGGAAGUUAAGCAUGUAGCUAGAAAAGAACCAUGGACUGCUAAGCUUUGGUAUUUUUUGACAGGGAGACCUAGUGCUGGAAAGUGGUUUUAUAAGGAAGGGCUACCUUCAUCUUUCCUUUCACUAUUUGGAAUUCUCUUUGAAAGUUUUCAGGGUCCUCCAUUAUUCAUCUUUGUUGAUCAAAAUGAACCAAACAGCAUAUCCAAAUGGACUGGAAGUGGCCAUAGUGGUAUUGGGAGAAUGCGACCAGUCAGCUUGGAAGACAGCACUGAAGAAAUUAAGACCCCAUUGUCCAAAAGGCUCUUGGGGUGUGCUAGAUCUUCCUAUAUUAUUGUUGAUCUUUCGAGACGGGUCUGCUUGGGGAUCAUAUCGGGAGCUUACUCAUCAAGGAAAUCAAGCCAAAGCCACUUCGCACUGGCCAUUACGCUGGUACAGUUCAUGUAUCUAUUUACUCUGAAACCAUACAUCAAGAGAGGAGUCCAUAUGGCAGAAAGUGUUUCUCUACUGUGUGAGAUGGGCAUAUUUGCUCUACUUAUCAGCAUUAAUGGCUCAAAUCCUGUCAAAGCAAGAAAUUUAGGAUUUGUAAUGCUAACUCUCCUCUUCCUAACCUUUGUCACCCAAAUGAUAAACGAGUGGCAUGCUCUGAUGAAAUCCCUAUUAAGACUCUCACAGCCUCAAAAGAAUUCAUUCAAGCUUGGAUUAAAGUUUGCUGCUAAGGGCCUUGUCCUCCCAUUCCUUCCAAGGAAGCAAUGGUCUAGAGUCAUACCUGCAUCCUCCCAACCAAAAACAGGCCUAGCUCCAGUCCUUCCUUUAAGUCCAGACACAAACUUUGAAAGAAGAGAUACGAGAGCACCACGCACUGGCCCAAUUAGCGCUAUGACUGCAACUGUAGUCCCUGUGAUCAGUCCUGGAUCCCCUGGCCUUGAUGUUCUUGAAAUGGCAGGUUCCAAUAACGUGGAGGCAACCGUCAGUACGCAGAGAGCAGUGGAAGCAAAACGGCAAAAGGGACUUAAACUAGAGCCUAAAAGUGAUCUGAAGAAACUAAGGGAGUUGGCAAGGGCAAGUUUUUCAGGUGACUCAAUUUUUGAGGAAGCUAGCACUAGCUACUGUUCUCGGAUGCAACCUUUAUCUGGUGAACCUUCACUUCAAACUCCCCAAGCCUCUACUUCUAGAACUAAACACUAGUAUGAAAAUUGUAAAGGGUGGGAUUGGGUAUUUUGCUUAAGUUUACUUCUGCACACAAUUUCUUUUCUCCCAAAGUCAUAUCAGCUUUUAAAUUACUGCCAAUUCACAUCAAUUUUCUGUUUA